AUGCGCCAGGUGAACUAUCUGGGCCAACUUCUGGACAAGGAGGGCAUCCGCCCUGAUCCCGAAAAGGUGAAAGCGAUAGUGAACAUGCCCCCGCCAAACGACGUCCCGACGCUGCGGUCGUACUCAGGUGCGAUAAAUUAUUACGGGAAGUAUAUUCGGGAGAUGCGACAACUUCGUCACCCGCUGGAUGGACUGUUGAAGCAAGGAGUCAGUUUCGAAUGGACAGAUGAGUGCCAACGGUCAUUCGAUCGUUUCAAGGAGAUUUUGCAGUUUCCACUCAUGCUGACGCACUAUAACCCCCGAAUGGACAUAGUUGUAUCAGCAGACGCAUCAAAUGUGGGCAUUGGCGCCCGCAUAGCUCAUCGGUUCCCAGACGGCUCCGAAAAGGCAGUGUACCAUGCUUCCAGAAGCCUCACCCCUGCUGAAUCCCGAUACAGCCAAAUCGAGAAAGAAGCACUGGGGCUGGUUUACGCGGUCACCAAAUUUCAUCGAAUGGUCUACGGAAGACGCUUCACCCUACAGACCGACCAUAAACCGCUGGUGGCUAUUUUUGGUUCCAAGCAAGGAAUCCCCCCUUACACUGCCAACCGCCUACAAAGGUGGGCCCUAACUAUGCUGUUGUACGAUUUCCAAAUCGAGUACAUUUCUACGGAUCACUUCGGACACGCAGACAUUCUGUCACGACUAAUAAAUUCUCACAUCAAGCCAGAUGAGGAUUUCGUGAUUGCUUCCAUCGAAAUCGAGAAGGUUAUCUGCAACAUCGUCGGCCAAUCUAUCGAGUACCUACCAGUGUCAUACAAAAUGAUAGCGGAGGCGACAUCCGAAGACGACACCCUCCGCAUGGUGAGGAAUUACAUCAGGAAAGGUUGGCCAAGUAAAGCAACAUCCGAAGAUCCAGGCGUACAACAGUUUUUCGCUCGACGGGAAUCGCUGUAUGAAGCCCAAAAGGUCCUGAUGUACGGCGAUCGAGUUGUCAUUCCCAAGAAGCUCCAACAGAAGGUGCUUCAUCAGCUACACAAAGGACACCCGGGGAUCGAUCGAAUGAGAUCCUUGGCGCGAACUUUUGUGUAUUGGCCAAACAUAGACGACCAUAUUACUGCUUUGGUCCGAAACUGUCAGGAAUGCGCAGCUGUAGCGAAGACGGACACAAAAACGAAAUUGGAAUCCUGGCCAGUCCCCGAGAAACCAUGGCAGAGGGUUCACGUGGACUUUGCCGGACCCGUCAACGAUACCUACUACCUUGUGCUAGUUGAUUCACUCUCCAAAUGGCCGGAGGUAGUACCAACCAAGCGCAUCACAUCAGAAGCCACCAUAGCAAUUCUUCGCAAAAUCUUCAGCCGAUUCGGCAUGCCGGAGGUCCUAGUCUCCGACAACGGGGCCCAGCUUACCAGCGACGUUUUCGAACGGUUCUGCGAGUCCAACGGUAUCACCCACUUGAGAACAGCGCCUUUCCACCCCCAAAGCAAUGGGUUGGCAGAAAGAUUCGUCGAUACUUUCAAAAGAACAAUGAAGAAAAUUCAAGCAGGAGGGGAAGAUCUAGAACAAGCCAUAGAUACUUUCUUACUCUGCUAUCGCUCUACACCCAGCCGAAAUGCACCAGGAGGAAAAUCACCAGCCGAGAUCCUUUUCGGCAAGCCGCUUCGAACAUCGUUUGAGCUCAUGAGACCACCAAGCAAGUUCUACAAGGAUGUCAACUCCAAGCAAGCUAGCCAGUACAACGAGAAACAUGGGGCUAAGACGAAAUGCUUCGAAGUCAAGGACAAAGUGUACGCGCAAGUACACCACGGAAACGAUUGGAGCUGGGUACCAGGAGAAGUAGUGGAGCGUAUUGGGCAAGUCAUGUACAACAUUUGGCUACCUGAUCGACAACGGCUCAUUCGCUGCCACGGCAACCAGUUACGAAAACGCUACGAUACUAGCAGCAGCCCGCCGGAGGUUAUCGGCCCUCAAGUUCCGCUCGAGAUCUUGCUCGACACUUGGAGUUUGAACCCAUCUAGCUCCGGUGCUGCAGUAGAAACAGUUGAACCGCCUGCGGAGCCUGAAGGACUGGACGAGUUGCAGUUGGAAUUCUUGCGUAGCUUGAUGGAGCCUGAUCAGCAACGACGUCGACUGCGUACUCCGGUUAGGCAACCUGAGUUAGAGGAAGUUAUCCAGCGAAGAUCGUCCCGACAGCGGCGCGCACCAGUUCGGUACGAGCCGUAUCAGCUUUAUUAA